AUGUCUCAACUACUGUUGUCCCAGCGUCUACCGGACGACCUCGUAUACGAGAUCCUCACUUUGCUACCAGUGAAAUCCUUAAUCCGAUUUAGAUGUGUUUCUAAAUCUUGGUACUGCACAAUCACCGACCGCAAUUUCAUUAUGGCUCAGUUUGACCGAUCUAAAUCAUUAUUCAAUAACAACAGCAACGACAAUAACAAUGGUUAUAUGUUGAAUAUACCCCCACUUUACAGAAAAGAAUUUUGUACGGCUGUUUACAAUAGCGACCGCACAUUUACCGAGAUUUCUAGAUUUCAAGCCCCCUGUUAUUUCGGUGUUGCUGGCUGCUGUAGGUGCAUGUUCUACUUUGUUCAUGAAUUAGAAUAUAAAGUAGAAAACGAGAAUAACAUAAUGUAUUUUUGGAACCCAAGCAUUAGAAAGUUUAAGAAGGUUCAACUUACUCCCUUGAAUAUUCGUGAUGCAGUUGUUUAUGGACUUGCGUAUCAUUAUCAAAACAAUGACUACAAGAUUCUAAGAAUUAUUUAUUAUCAACGUAACGUAAAGCCAAAGCCAGCUGAGGCUGAGAUUUACACAUUGAGUACCGAUUCUUGGAGAAAGGUUGUAAUAUCUGUGGAGUCCUCAAGUGGGUCUAAACCCAUUGAGUCAGUUCAUUAUGAACGUAAGAGGGACCCUUGCUUUGUAUUUUUUAAUGGAGCCCUACACUGUAUAGCACGUUCUCAGGGCCACAAAUUCAUUAUGUAUUUUGACGUUAAUGAUGAGAGAUUCCGUGAGAUAUUGCUGCCUCAAAAUUACUUAGAUGGACUAAUUUCUCAAUAUUCACAACAUCUGUCAGUGUUCAAGGGAUUGCUGGCUUUGAUUGUUUUUGAUGGAAAUAGUAAAAUAUGCCAUAUAUGGAUGAUGAAGGAGUAUGGUGUGGCAGAGUCUUGGAUUAAGAAAAGCGUACCGAUGAAAGAAGAUUUACGGUUUUUAGGCAUAACUUUCAAUGGGGAACUUCUGAUUCAAAAGUUUAACCCCUUUCGGACGCUUACAUUUCACCCUGAGAGUUUAAAUGAGGAAAUUCUUGAAAUUCCAUUUUAUAAAUAUAUGUACACAGAUUUUUGGGUGGAAAGCCUACUUUUACUUGAUGGGAUUUAA